AUGGGUAUCUCUCGUGACUCCCGCCACAAGCGGUCCGCCUCCGGUGCCAAGCGCGCCUUCUACAGGAAGAAGCGCGCUUUCGAAGCCGGUCGCCAGGGUGCCAACACCCGUAUCGGUGCUAAGCGCAUCCACACCGUCCGCACCCGCGGCGGCAACCACAAGUACCGUGCCCUGCGUCUCGACUCCGGUAACUUCUCCUGGGCCUCCGAGGGCUGCACCCGCAAGACCCGUGUCAUCGUCGUCGCCUACCACCCCUCCAACAACGAACUGGUCCGCACCAACACCCUGACCCGAAGCGCCGUCGUUCAGAUUGAUGCCGCUCCCUUCCGACAAUGGUACGAGGCUCACUACGGCCAGCCCAUUGGCCGCAGACGCCAGAAGGCUCAGGCUGCCAAGGAGGGCAAGACCGAGGAGGAGGUGAAGAAGAGCAACGCCGUUGAGAAGAAGCAGGCCGCCCGCUACGCCUCCCAGGGCAAGGUCGAGGCCGCUGUCGAGAAGCAGUUCGAGGCCGGUCGCCUGUACGCCAUCAUCUCCAGCCGCCCCGGCCAGUCUGGCCGCUGCGACGGUUACAUCCUUGAGGGUGAGGAGCUCGCUUUCUACCAGCGCAAGCUGCACCACAAGUAA